GGCGGGUCAGAAGUUACCUGCAUGUGGGAAUGGGAGGCGGGACGGGGUGUGGCAGGGCAGCUGUGCCUUCCUCCUCAUCGGCCAGGCUGAGCCAUUUGAUCGUCCCGAUAACAAACAUGAAGCAUUUAGCGUUAGCAGCUCUCCUCUGGAGACUCUUUUGGGCUUCUACUGCAAAACAGAAUGAGGGCCCGCAAAGCAGCAGAGGUGGGACACCGACACCAAUUCCUGGUUCAUCUUUGGCUGACUUCCUUGCUAAACUUCAGACCACCCAGAGUCAGACAGUGUGCGGCCAGCCGAUUGUACAAAACCGGAUUGUGGGGGGAACCACAGCGUCUGAGGGGCAGUGGCCCUGGCAGGUCCUCGUUGAGUACAUCACUGGAGACGUCAUGUAUCUCUGUGGAGGCUCGCUGAUUGCAGACAGCUGGGUCCUCUCGGCCGGCCACUGCUUUCCUUCAAGUCACGUCGCUUCUGGUUACACCCUCUACAUGGGCAGAUUCUAUCUUUACCAGUCCAGCAAAUUUCAGCAGACCCGCUCUGUCAGCAAGUUCUUUGUGUAUCCGGGGUACCAGUCUGCCGAACAGGGCAAGGACGUGACACUGGUCCAGCUGAGCUCACCCGUCACCUUCACGGAUUACAUCCUGCCCAUCUGCCUGCCUUCCCCCAACGUCUCCUUCUCAGAAGGUCUGAUGUGUUGGGUGACUGGCUGGGGAACGACCACAGAAAAUGGUAAUGUGUCCCAGACGCUGCAGGAGGUCGAGGUGCCCAUCGUCAGCAGGACCACUUGCAGUAGUAUGUACGUGACCGGUGGGGUAGGCGGAAACCUCCCAUCAGAUGUGUUCUGCGCUGGCUAUCCAGCAGGGAAGAAAGACUCCUGUCAGGGUGACUCCGGUGGACCCCUGGUCUGCAAAAUGAGUAACAACACCUGGGUGCAAGCUGGCAUUGUGAGCUUCGGACCCGGCUGUGCCCGUCCCGGCCUUCCAGGCGUCUAUGUGCAGGUGACGGACUACAGCCGGUGGAUUCAGAGCAAAGUGCCCCAAGUGCAGCUGUACAGCAAGACGGGGAGAAACGUCACAAACUGGGUGGAUGGCUGGAUCCUUCUCUGUCUCUCCGUAGUUUUUCUGCAGUUGUUGUUGCCCCAAUAAUUUCGCUCGUCUUUCAUUUUACUUUCCCAAGCGGCAACACUGGAGUCUGAGAAAAAUAAAUCAUUUUUUUUUAUCCAUGAGAGAUUAUAUUAUAAUAAAAAUAAUUAACAGUAUACAGUACUGCACAGUGAUGGACAUGUGGGGACGUGUGGGCAUUCCUAUCCUGGGGAUUGUUAAGUAUUUAUUCUUUUAUUUCUGUGAAUGUUAUAAAAAUGAAUGCACGAAUGAAUCAAUAAAUCAGUCAAAAGCAAAGUGGCACCACUUGUGCAAAUGCAA